GGCACACAUCGAUGGCGAAAAUGCAAUCUAAGGGUCCGAACCCAUUGCCGUAGCCAUCGUAAUCGUCGGGGAAGUUACGAGAUUGGAUCGUACCUCCACUGGACGUGACAUCCAUACAAACACCACAUGCUGCAAUAACUGCAAGUCGGGGCAUCCAAACACGCAGGGGCAGCGGUUGUCAUCGUUGUUUCAUUUGUUGGCACUAUCUCUGUCGUAGCAGAGCCUUCGACACGAAAAAUUUCGCACCUACAAUCAAGUAGAGUAUCACCUUGAUGGAAAAGAAAAUGAAUUCACAGUUCAAGAAAUGUGAAAGAAAACAUUAAAGUUCACCUCACAUACGAUAACGAGUUUAAAGAACAACGGAAGAAAUAAGACCAUCGUAAUUCAAUAGAUGGAAACUAAUUUAACACUGAGGAUGAACCAUCUAUUUAUGUAGUUCUUUAAUAGGGCAGUCACUGAAGGAAAAGUUAGUGAUGAUGUUAUUCCACUCUUCAUCACACUACAAGCACUACCAUAUGUAGGUUAUUUUAGGCAACACUCUAAACAUUCAACUUAAUAGGUUUUCAAUGCAAUGCUAUAAUCUGGUGGAAGUCGACCAUGCAAUUAAGAAUAGAGGCUUAAUUGUGGCAUAUAGGUAAAAAUGUGAAAGCUGUCGUAAUGAAUGACGAGCUUACGAAAUUCUUUCUAUUCUACUUAUAUUUAUAUAUUUAAAAAUUAUAGAUAUUAAAGCUUCUAACGAAUUUAGCCGGGAAACGUUGCAGUGCAUUUCUGUUAACAUUCUUUUGAUUAGUUCGAUCCAAUGGGAUGCAUUUGAUAAACAUUUUGAAUAUUUUCCGAAUAGAAGAGCAUUUUCUCUUAGCUUGUUUGUUGAAAACAGCUGGCCAGACAUUGCCCAUAUUUCAUACUGGCGACUGUUUCUAUAAUGGACUUGAGCAUAAAUUUGUUGACUAGUGAUGAAACUGGUCACAUGUUUAGAGAUAAAUUCCCAUUGGAAAAUCUGCGAAAUAUGUGCAACAUUGGAAUAUUCUCCUUCAAAUGAACCUUGAGCUAUAUAUUUUUAGGAAAUGUUCAUGACGGCUACAUGCACCACUUAUAGGAGCACUUUGGAAUUAGCAAGUUGGUUCUAUAAAUACUGUUGCUAAUGUGUGCUACUGUUCUACACCGACAUUUAAUUAAGAUUGGCAAACAUAGCGGUAACACUCCUGUGUUUUGUAAGACUAUUUCUGUCUGGAACGUGUACUGUACAAUUGAAAAGUUGGGUCAAAGUCAAACCGAAUUAAUGGCCCUUCACCAGAUCGCUUGGGUAUAUAAAGGCAAGCGAUCUAUUUGUUCUUCACUACAAUCCGUAGAACAAAAUCCAACAGACCGACAUGAAGCUGUUUAUCGUUGCCGCCCUGCUCGCCGUUGCUGCCGCUGCUCCUUCAGUUUACGAGCAAACUGGCUACAUGAAAGACUCGGGUUACAGGAAGGACUCUGGCUACAUGCAGUCAAACUAUGGCUCCCAAAACUAUAAAGAUGGCCAAGAUUACUCCGGUAUUUACAUCGUAAGCCAAUCCGAUUACCGCAAACCCGAUGGCAGCAGCUCUUUCGACUAUGUGCAAUCCGACUACACCGCCCGCCAAGAGUCCCAGGUCCAGAAGUUGAUUCCUGGAACCAGCUACGAUUCGUACGGCAAAGCUGUUUACGAGAAAGCUUACGGAAACACCAACCAGGGAACCGUUUACUGGAUUUCUCCAGAAGGCGAGAAAAUCUCCUUGUCCUGGACCGCUGACGAAAAUGGCUACCAGCCAACGGGUUCCCAUUUGCCAACUCCCCCACCUUCUCCUUACCUAACCUUUGGACCGGGAUACGGUAAUGAAUAUUCUGGUUAAAUCUCCUUUUGACGCCUCUUCUGCUGACCUAUUUUGAUAAGUUUAUAAUAAGUUAAUUUUGGGAUAAAGAUGGGGAAUUUUAAUGUCACUAUUUCAACCAAACCAUGGCAACGUGACAAAAUGAAAGAGAGACAGAAAGAAUACAAUAUCUAACAAUGA